GCAGUACAACACUCCACUCAUUCCGCUCCGCGCUCCCGCGGGUCCGUUCGGCGUCCUCAGCAACUCCGCAAACGAGGCUACCAAGGGCUUUAAGAUGAAAAACGACGGAAAGUUAAACAAUUCCGAUUUUUCUCACAAUAUCGCUGGAUAUAAUUAGUAUUUUUGGAAAAUAUCGGGAAUGACGAGAGUGGAAGUAAGAGCGUUGAAACGGCGUGCUCAAAUAGAACCCAACAUGGCGCUGUCUACGACCGAGUUGAAUUAAUUUCUGGAGUCCGCGGACAUCGCCACCUGUAUGCUUGCGCUCUGCUACACGUUACCACGCCUCUGGGUAGUUCUUCAAAGAAUUAUUGAAAAUCUUUCUUGGGAUUCGUCACACGGAGUCGAUUUUUGACGACGUUUUCUCUCUUUAAUAAAGUAUUUUGAAAAUAACACACAUCGAGUGUAACAUUUGGUAUAAUUGACUGACAAGUAAAUACACAGUAAGAAACACUUCUGAAUGUUUAUAUCCAACGAUUUGAAUAUUCACUGGCCCGGGAAGGGAUGGAUGUAUAUGCGUUUAUAAAGGAAUCCGAACCUGAACGCACGGAUCUUUGCUCAGAGCCGUGAACAACUUGGGGGGGGGGGGAACUGUAAAAAGGCGUCAAAUUGAAGCAGACGAUUGGAAUUAGCGGCUAACUGCCAGGAGAUGACCUGUUAGUGAUGCGGGGACCCAGAGAAAUCUGGAUUUAAGUGAAGGGAACCACAUCACACAAAGCAUGGUGGAUGCCAGGUUAACCCCGCUGGCCACCAUGGGUCUGGACCGCAAUGCUCUUAUGCGGGAUGGCCUCCGCCUGCACGGCGGCGUGAUUUACCCAGGGAUCCAAGCGCUGUCGGCUGAGAAGCCCCGCGAAGUGACCAAUACCCUCCCCCUGAGCUACGGCCGGGACGGCCUCCCGGAGCUCCUCUAUAAGUCUGAUGUCUCCAUGGACAGGAGCAAGCCUAGUAAUGGCUUCAUGGGCCUGUACAAGAGCCCUCCACCAGGCCUUCAGAGGGGGUCAGAGGGCCUAGACAGGAUAUGUGUGGGGCCUGGGGGGCAGAAGCCCUCAGAGCUGGGCAUGGGGGGUGCUGGUGCAGGAGCAGGUGGGUACCUACGUCUGCCCUGGGGGCUGAGCCCGGGCCUCUACCCCUUCAUGGACACGUCCAAGUACGCCGCCCUCAGCAUGUACAAGGCUCAGUUCCUCAGUCAGCCCAGCCCCUACCUGCCCCAGCACCUGGCCUACCAGUCCCUCUGUGCCUCCCAGGGGGGGAACAUGAACCCUGCUGCUGCCUCGGCCACCGAGAGGCUCUACUUCAUGCCCCCCUACCCCCCGUCCCCCAUCUCCUCCCCCCUGGUGGGGUCUCCCAUGAGGAUCCCAGCGGUGUCUGUGGCCCCCAUGGUACACUGUCAGGAGAAGGGACUGAGUGUCGGGUCUCGCAUCCACCACGAGGGCUCUCCAUUUGGGCAGCAGCUUCACCAGCCCCCCCCUCCACCCCAGCACCUUCAGCCCCCCCACACAGACCGAGACAGACCCCCCAGCAGGAACAGUAAGCCCACUAGACCCACCUCAAACAAAGGAGCCAACAACAGCAGUGGUAGUAUUAGUGGUGGUGGUAGUAAUAGCCUUCCCAUUGAUUCCUCCCCUCGCGCCUCUACUCGCCUCCCCCAGCCUGCUCCUCCCCUGCCUCCCACUCUCAGCGACAGCACCUUAGACCUACAAAGGCCAGUCCCCCGAAUAGGGCCACCAUCUUCCUCCUCUUCCCAGGCGAUGCCUCACCCAUUCUAUGUGAGCAGCAUUGCUCAAGAGCACCCCUCCCCCGCCCGACCCAGCCUCCACAAACCCAGACCUAGGGAUGGGGCGCCAGAGCACAGGGCUGGGGGGUGUGAAAGGAAACCCAAUCGGUCCCCUUCUAAACCAUCCUCUGAGCGGAAAACCCCACCAAACAGGACUACCAAAGACCCAGCAGACCCAAAGCCUCUGGAUCUCUCUGGAAGGCUGCUGGAGUUUGACCUGCCUCCCAACAGCUUCCCCAUCAAGAUGGAAGCUCUGGGGCCUCGGUACGGACAUCCCCCAAGCCGGGAGCUCCUGAAGGAGACCCUCUCACCCUCCUCCCACCCCUCCCACUCAGUGGUCUGCAGCACUUUCUCCAAGGCCCUAGACAGGCCAGAGAUGAUCAGCACUUUGCACUCCUCCUGGGUGGUGCCCACCCCUACACCUAUCUCCACCAUUGGGUCCACCCACACACCCCCCCACCCCCCAGCCCUGUCCCCCUCCCCCAGGCCCAGCCCAGACCCCCAAGGGAAACGCUCCUCUCCCUCAGUCAUCAAACACAAGGUUAUAGAGAGAGUCCUGCCCCAGUCCCAGCAAAACAGUCCAUCCUGCCUCAGGGUUGGAGAGCCACAUACUAACCCAAUAUCUUCCAAUCACAAGCCUGCCUCCACGAUGCCCCCGUCCCCCAAACCCAAUGGUGAUCACAAUCACAGCCCCAGCCAAUCAGAAGGUUCCCCCAUGGCCGGCCAUCAUAGGAGCUCCACAGAGAAGCCUCUUAAAGCCCCCAAGAGGGCUGAGACAUCCCAGGAGGUGUCUCCCUAUAUUAAACGUCCCUGUCUGGAGAAUACCAACGGGCACCCGCCCAGCCACCUUUACCUAGCUCAUAGCAUGGCCUACGCCAACCGAUACCUGCACUACUCUUUACCCGACAGCAUGGCCCUCCAUUCUCUCCCUCUGCCAGGGAAGGGCCCAGCCUACCCUCACCCCGUACUGCUGGGCAGUAGCAGCCUGUACCCCUCCCACCUGGCAGCCAAACAGCCCUUACCCUACCACAGCCAUGCUGGGGAGUACCUCACGUACAACUCCCAGGAGAUGACCCACCCUCUGAUGAACACACAUCCAGACUCUAAAGCCCUGGAGCGGGCAGAUCAGGGGCCCAAGUGCCGGGGCCAGGGUCAGGACAAACCUAGGGGUCUCACAGAGGAUUGUGGUGGGUCCCACAGGGGCCAAAGUGGUGUGGGAACAGGAGAGGGGUCCCACGUGAAGCCCAAAAGAGAGGACUGGGAGCAGGGAGGGAGCCAGCCCAGACCCACUUCCUCCUCCAGCCUCAGUACCCCCUCCAAAGACCGUAUCGUCUGCAUUGACCUCGUCCACUCCGACACAGAUGGAGAGUCCACUCCGACAACCAACAAGCCGCAAGUCUCUGUCACCAUUCCCAUCGCCCGGGGCAACCAACACAAGUGUUGCCAUGGCAAUGGAAACAUUAGGGAAGUGGAACGGGAGCCAAAACACAAACUGCAUCACCACCACCCCCAGCAUCUUCAUCACCACCCCAGCCCAAGCUCCACCAUGACAACUAUCCACACAGACAGACAACCAGAAACUCUCUGUGUGAGACCAUACCCCCUCCAGGAGACGGGCUUUCCAGGCGUGGCCUCUAGCCUACCUUGGGGCUCCCCAAAGCUGGUUAAUCGGGUCGAGGAGAGCCCUGAGGACCAGAGCCCUUCCUCAGACCCAGGGGACCAAGGGGAACAGGACCAGAGCACCCUGCGCUGUGCCCGAACGUCUGGCGACCGCAAGUCUGGCGACCACAUCUCUGACGACCGCACGCCUGGAGUCCGCACAACUGGGGAUUGUGACCGCAAGUCUGGUGACCACUUGUGUAGAGAUGGCAUGUUUACUUGCGACUUCACGUCUAGAGAAGAGAUGGACAAACGAAACUCCUCCCACCCCAUCCAUAGCUACAUGGGCCUGGGGAAGGAGAGGGACAGUGAAAGAGAGAGCGUUGGAGACACAGAGGAGUCACAUGGAGAAGGGGAUGAGGAUGAAGAGGGUGGGCGAAGAGGCUCACGGAGGACCAGCCUGACCAAGAGGAUCGCUAGCUCCUUGGGCUAUGUGGGUGACCGCAUCAAGUGUGUCACGACCGAGCUGUACGCAGACUCUAGCAAGCUGAGCCGGGAACAGCGCGCCCUGCAAAUGGAAGUCAUAUCACGAGAGGGGGAUAAUAUAAGUCGACCUGCAGCUAUCUGGGAGCGGGCGAUGAUGCGGUUCUCAGAGCUGGAGCUGAAGGAGAAGGAGUGUGGGGGUGUGUGUGUGUCUGAGUCGGCAGCAGGACAGGAGUUGGCAGGCGGCCAGCGGAGAGAGUGGGAACACUGCCAACACACCUCCAGGCAGGGAGAGAGGGAGGGUGGAGGAAAGGUCUAUGGGAACAACAGAGUCCCAGUCCUCCAGAAGUGUGGGGGCCAAAGGGAGAGCCUUUCCCAAGGGCAGGAGGCCUGGGAGGGGACUAGAGAUGGUGCCAGAGUGGGAGAGGGUGGGCGAGGGUCACCUCCCAUCCUGGCAAUGGCAGACGGGCACCCCAAGGAGAAGGGAGGGCAGAAUACGGUACCCACUAGCAAAUGCACACACAUCCUACAGGAGAAAGAUGAGGAGGAGGCAGGAGAGAAGAGGGAAGAGGAGAAGGAAAGGAUUACUUCAGAUGUCUGUGUGCUGCCUACAGCUCCUACUAGUAAUGAUGAUGAUGAUGAUGAUGAAGAGGUCAGGAAGCUUAAGGUGUGUAUUGAGCUGAAGGGGCUCUGCCUCCGCAAGCCCACUGCCUCCUCCCCUGAGAGACUAGAGGUCAAAGAGGAGAGGGCAUGGUCAUCACAUCGCAGCCCUUCCUCCCUGUCCUGGACAGUCCCCCCAGCCCAAGCCCCGCCCCCGCGGGACAGGAAUUUCAAGGUCGACCUGGAAGUGAAACCUCUGCCACAGAAACCAGAGAUCACGAAGAGCUGGGCCAGAGAGAUGCUGGCUAACGGAGAUGCUAAACGCGUUGGAUUACUCCCUUUGACCCAGCAGAGGGACAGAUCGGGCCCCCAGGGGACCUUGAUGGGACCAGGCUGUGACCGGGGAUCCAAGGAGCCCAGGAGAGGAGGGGUGGCGGUGAAGACUGUGGGUCAGUUCCCCCUCCCCUCUGCCCCCGAGCCCCCCACCGGAGACACCGCCUCUCUCAAGCCACGCCGUCAUGGUGACAUGGACAAACCCAAAGGCAAGCGGCCGUGCAAGACCAAACACACCAGCCAGAGGGAGAGAGAGAUGGAGCGGAGGAGAGAGCUGCUGAAUGGCGCCAGCAACCAGCACGUCAGCACUGAUCUGGGAGCAGCUCUGGUGGACAAGGUCAGUGAGCAGUGUGCUCGAAGGAAAAGACCCUCUUCUCCCAUACAUUACAUCAGCUCUCCGGUCAAGCCCUGUUCCCCUGCAACGGGGCCCCUCUCCCUACCCCCCCAGGUGAAUGGCAGUGGGACUGUCCCACCGGAGAAAGCAGGGGCGAGGAGGGCACCCCCUGCUGAACCUCCUGUGGUGCGGCCCAUCCCCCCAGAGGCAAGGAGACUAAUCGUCAACAAGAAUGCUGGAGAGACGUUGUUACAGAGAGCUGCACGGCUCGGAUACGAGGAGGUGGUGCUGUACUGCGUGGAGAACCGUGUGUGUGAGGUGAACCACAGGGACCAUGCAGGCUACUGUGCCCUCCACGAGGCCUGCGCCCACGGCUGGCUUUCUAUAGUCAUACACCUGCUGGAGCACGGGGCCGACAUCAACUGCAGCGCACAGGACGGCACCAGGCCUCUGCAUGACGCGGUGGAAAAUGACCAUCUGGAUGUAGUGCGGGUGUUGCUGUCCUACGGGGCUGACCCUACCCUGUCCACCUACUCCGGCCGCGGUCUGCUCAAGAUGACCCACAGCAACAGCAUGGAGCGAUUCCUCACUGAUUAUUUUGCUGACCUGCAGGGCCACUCUGACGACCCAGAGACCCACUGGGAAUUCUAUGGCAGUGCUGUGUGCGAGUCCUUAGAGGAGGGCAGUGUGUGUAACAUGCUGGCGGAUCCCCCAGGGCCAGAGGAAGAUGACGGGGACAGGAGGGAGCUCUUUGAGUUUGAGUUCUCCAAUCAACCCCUCCUCCCCUGCUACAACAUCCAGGUGUCCUUGUCGCAGGGGUCCAGGAACUGGCUUCUCCUCUCAGAUGUUCUCCGGAAGCUGCGGAUGUCGGCCCGUUCAUUCCGCUCCUCCUUCCCCCACAUGAAGGUGGUGACGAUGGCCGAGGCAGAGUUUUACCGCCAGGCCUCCCUCUCCCAGCUCUUCUCCUGCCCAGACGAGCUGGAGGGCUUCCAGCCAGACAGCAAGGAGCUGCUGGACCUGGUGGAGGGGAGUGCUGAGCUGGCCGCUCUGCUGGGAUCCACCCUGGAGUGCCUGGAUGACCGCUGGGACGAACCCCUGGAGGCUAACGUUAAUGCUAAGGCUAAUGUCAAUGGGAACAUUAGGGCUAUGGCUAAUGCUAAAGCUAAGACUAACUCUAAGACUAAUGGUAACGCUAAUUUUAAAGCUAAUGCUAACGCUAACAGGAGGUUGUUAUCCCUGACCCUGAACUUUGACUCAGAUUUCUGAAUCCCUACUCUACAGUGGGGGUCUACGAUAGGUGAAUGAGUAAGACCCCUGCCCUGAGAUCUGAGAUGAACUCCUGCUCUAGACUGUAUGGACGAACGGACAGACAGAGCAGCAGAGACCUGAAUGUGUCUGUACAUCAAGCGAAGAUGAAGAGGCGACUGUAAAUUAACAUUUGUCUUAUUUUUAUAAAUGUAUUAAUAUAAUUAUAAAUAUAUCUGGAAAUGUUAUCUUGAUUUCUCUCCUGCAAUUGUGUGAGCGAGAGUGUGGUUGUGUUAUCAUGAUUGGAAGGUUGUUUGUGUGUUAAACAGUAUAAUAUAUGUGUGUGUGUGUCAGUUUAUAUGCCAUAGUGUGUGUCUGAGCACUGAGGCAGCGCUUUGAAUGUCACAUUUUUUGUUCAUAGGAAGCACAUGAUGAGGAUCAGUUGUAUAGGUUUUUGUUCUACUCAGACAGAGUUAGCACUCUCAUCACCCUCAGGGGCUGUUUUGUACCUGUGUUCAAUCUGCUUCUCAUUUAGUCUCUCAUUUCACUUGCAAAACUGAAGAGAUGUGUUUUUGUAUAAUAUUACAGGUUUAAAGAUGAGAAGAUAUUUGCCCUUCGGUACAGAACUUGUACAUAACAGGGUGGCUAUUGCAGAACAGUAGCAGUUAUACUAUUUGUGUUUUUUUUGUAAUUAAAAUAUCUCAUUUGUAUUUAUAUUUUGCCAGCAAAAUUAUAAAAAUAAUAAAUAAAUAAAACAUUUGCAAGAAAGUUUA